CAGUUUAAGUUGCCAUAGUAGGGAAUAGUGGGGUCUCAGCUGUGCAGGUGCAGGCUUAAAAGAAAUGUUGAUGGUCUGUUGAAGUUACACCUAAAUCCUGGUUUAGGGCAGAAAGUAUCCAGUAUUGACGCCCUUUCCAGUGUAACGUUACUGAUGUCUGCCCUGUUGGAACCAUGGAGUCCUCCAGUGAAUCUGAGACUUUCGAAAGGGCUAGGAAACAUCGCUCACGGGGUAGAGAAACGCAGCGAAGACGUAACGUUAGUCAUGACAAAACUGAUGCUGAUGUUGCUAUUUCGGAGAAAAUUGACACACUGGCUAGCACGUUGCAGGACACUAGUCACAACCUCCACAGAGUCGAUCAGAUGUUGGGACAGUAUCGAGAACACACAGACGAUCAAGCUGAAGCCAUGGCAACACUGAGGGACAGCUUGGAAGAGUCCAUUCAGCAGCUUCAAGGUCAACGCCUCCGCAGAGCACCCGCCAGUCACAGUGCCUCUUUCUCCACCCUACACAGCAGCGACUUGGAGGAUGGCAGCACCUCUGAUGGACUUCGCUACUGUCCCACAUCUCCACUGAAAGAUUACGGCAGCUCCGAGACGGGCAGCAGGAGAAGGUCAAGGUCCGCCACCGUGCGCUUCAGAGACUCAGGCCAGACUGAGGAUAUUCACGGCCUUCACCAGUCUCUCCGAGAUCUACGCAGUGACCAACUCCGUAUGGCGGGGGAUAUCAACAGAGAGAUUCACAGGAGGAACAGGUCUGAGGUGGGAACCAAGAGGACUUUGGAGAAUCUCAAUGGCCGACUGCGGGCAUCACAGAAGGAGGACCCAGUGUCAUUACGUGUUGAGCAGCGCCUUCAGGAGAUUGAGAAGGGGAUUCACUCAGAACGACAGGCAAUACCUGAGAGACAGAGACCUCAGUUGCACAAGCCCAGUCAUUUUCAGCAGAGGGAAGGUGAGCUGGAGAUGGCCAGGAGGAAGCUGGAGCAGUCGGAGGGUGGGCGGGACGCUCUUCUCCAGCAGGUGGAAGACAUGCGUGCCCAGCUCCUGAGGACGGAGAAGGAACGCGUGGAGCUGAAGCAGCAGGUGGCUCGCCUCUUUGCUCAGCGGAAUGAGACCAGCGGACAAGAGGAGGGGAGGAGAGACGGAGGGGGGGUCGCAGACCGUGUAAAGCUGGAGAGGGAGGCCCCAGACUUGAGAGGCCAGCUGGACCGCAUCUCCUCACUGAGUGACCUGGAGGAGCUCAAGAGAGUCCUGGAGCGCAAGGACCGCGAGAAAGCCCAACUGUCCUCUCAAGUUGAGUCCCUGUCGUUGGACCUGGAGCAUCGCGAGCAGCGCCAGCGGCAGAUGCUGGGCCAGCUGCGGCAGAUCCAGAGCCGCUCGGAGGAGGGUGCGUCGGAGCGGGAGCGCGCCCAGGCCCAGCUGGCAGAGAGCGAGCGGCGGCGCGAGGAGCUGCGGGCGCGCGCCCAGGAGGCCGUGCGCCAGUGGAAGAGUCGCUGCCGCAGGCUGGAGGGCGAGCUGCAGGAGCUCCGUGGGCAGGCCAAGCAGGACCCCGACAAGGCCCAACAGGAGGUGAAGGAGCGUGAGAACGCUCAGACGCAGCUGCGGGCGGUGGCAAUGCAGGCAGAGGGGGCGCGGCGUGAGCUUGCCGAGGUGCUGGGCCACCUGGCGCAGCGCGAAGAGGAGCUGCGGUGUGGCAACCUGGAGCGACAGCGCCUGGAGCGGGAGGCGAGCGAAGUGCGCCACGCCUCCCGUGCCCUCCAGGAAGAGGCCCAGCGGCAGUCCGCCCUGCAGGUGAGGCUGAGGGAGGAGAGCGGGCGGCUAGAGGAGAGGGUGGAGGCGCUGGAGAGGGAGAGGGCACGGGAGCGCGCCGAGCUGGCCAACCUGGAGGGGGAGCUGAAGAGCCUGGGGGCCGAGAGGGCGGAGGCGACGGGGAGGCUGGUGCGGGAGGAGGCCGUCCGUGGGGAGCUGCAGCAGCGGCUGGCUGAGGCCCAGGAGGAGAGGGCAGAGCUGGGGAGAAGGCUGGAGGAAGAGGGGGAGAUCCACAGUCUGCAGAGGAGCGAGACAGAGGCCCACAUCAAGGAGCUGAAGGCGGAGGUGGCGACGGAGCGGGAGCAGGCACGGGUGCUGCGCACCAAGCUGGGGCGCAUGAAGGAGGAGUGCGCGCGUCUGACGGAGGCUCAGAGCGCCAGGGAGGAGGCGCACGGCCAGCUCCUCCGCAAACAGCAGGCCCUCAAGGCCGAGCUGGAGGACAAGGCACAAGCUCUGUCGCGGGCGGAGGAGCGCUGGCGGGGUGCAGACGGCAUCGCCACUGAGAUGAGGGGGCGUCUGACUCAGCUGGAGACGGAGCUGCCCUCCAUCCUGCAGGCCGUGGGAGAGCACAUCCACACCGCCUGCCUCAGCCUCUCCACAGACGCACACGACAAACUCAAAGCCAUCUCCCAGAGCCCAGGGCUGCAGAAGGACCCUCACCGCUGGCUGGCUGAGACUAAGACCAAGCUGCAGUGGCUGAGUGAGGAGCUGCGUGAGCGUGGCGACGGUGAACGGCGCGUGCGGCGGCACCUGCAGCAGAGCCGUGAGCAGCUGAAGGCCUUGAGGCUGGGCAGAGAACAAGAGCAGCACAGCCUCCUCCAACGCCUUAGCCAGCAGGAGCACCAGCUGCAGCAGCUCACCAAAGACAAGAGAGAUCUGCAGGAGAGGAACUGCAGGAAGGACGAGGAGAUGAGAAGCCUGCAGGAUAAAAUCUUGGAUUUGGAGAUGAGCACCCGUCUGGCCCUGGAUCACCUGGAGUCUGUGCCUGACAAGCCCAAGCUGAUGGAGAACUUCAAGGACCUGGAGGAGUCGCAGCGGCAGCGGGAGGCGGUGGAGCAGCGCUACAGCAAAUACAAAGAGAUCGUGGGAGACCUGCAGCACCGGCUGGAGGAGUCCAAACGCAAGAUCCAGGAGUACCGGGGGGAGAAGCUGGAUGCUACGUCCAGGAGUCUUCAUCUGGCUGGCCUCUCCUCCUCCCUUCGAGAGCACGGGAGCUUCCUGUCCAGCACCCUUAUCUCCAGCACUGCCUUAGCACCGCCCCGCCGGUUAGGUUCCCCUGAGCUGGACUCCCUCAUCAGCACCGUCCAGCAGAGAGGCGGCGUGUGACACAGCCUGGCGUUGGCGUUCCCUGUUGGCGUUGGCGUCUCCCUGUGGCCUCUCAGCACGCCUCCCCCUUAGAAACCAUGGAGGCCAUCGCCCACUACCCACUCCACUCCUCAACGCUACCAUGACUACCUCCACGGCAACAGCCGCUCAGGCCAAUCAGCGGAACAAGAAGCAGGGUAAAGCGCAGCUCGAGAUGGAACCAUUAGUGGACUAUUUUUAUGAACAUAAAAACAUGAAAAAAAAGGUUAAAUUGUCAUCAAUUACCAGCUCCUUCUCUUCUGUGAAGGUUUUUAUAAUGGCGUCUGUAAGAUGGGUUUUCAAACUUCCACUGUGUUUUAAUGUCCGUCACAAAAUAUUUAAUGCCAAGGUUUAUACAGACUUUAGGUAAUUUCUUUUAAAAGCUUCCAACACCUAAUCGUUUUGAAAAAAAAAAACUAAAAAAGUGUUUACAAUUUCCUGGACUCGUAUGUCAUAUCUUUUGGUCUGUAUCAUGGUGUUGCAGCGAGGCCAGGUGUUUGAAUGCUGGGCUGUCAUUUCAAACUGUGGUGCCUUUGUAACUAUGCAAGCUCGUAGUUGAAGAGAACAUCAUUUUUUUGAUACAUUUUACAUCCUAAUGCCCUCAAAACACUACUGUGAAAUGAUUUCUUUUUUUUAAAUCUAAAUAUUUUUUAGCCGUGACUGUCACAGUAUUUUAUACUUUUUUUUGUAAAUGUCAACAAAAUGAAAAAAAAAAAAGCACAAAGAUGUUUUGAAAUAAAUUGAUAAUCAUAUACAUCAUCA